AUGGCAAAGAAGAAGACCAAGCCUGCCUCAAUUGGAGAAAGCGAGACCAUGGCGCCAUCAGCAACGGCAGCGCCCGUCUCCCCCGGGGCAUCAGCGCCCAGGUCCACCAAAAAGUCCCCGACCGUUGUCCCAGCCUCGUCCUCGUCCUCGCUGGUCAUUUGCCGUAAUAAGCAUUGGCGAUACAUUUCAGCCUUCCAUGGACCAUGGCUCCAGAUGCCCGUUGAGAUUCUCGAGACCAUCGCCAACAUCAACUACAACACCCCGCGACCCCGGCCCAUUGAUCCCGCUUCCUUCUUCGAUCUCGUCAAGGUACGCCGGCUUGUCGACGAGGCGACGAACCUUGCCGUGAGGGCUGCUAGUGACAUUGCCUCACCGACACUGACAAACGUCAACGGUGGCAUCCCGGACAUAUCGACACUUCAAUCCCUGGGAAUAGGCGGCACCGGGCAUGGCGCCAAACUUAGCCGCGAGCGAAAGUUUCGCAUGAGAGAGCAGGCCAGCCAGAAGCUGGCCCGCGCGUACCGUCUUGACGAGAUCGCUUGCAGUGUGGCUACGAUGCAAGGCGCUUCCCCGCUGGAGGAGGUUGGAAGCUCUGUGCUGCAGCGCAACCAGAAGGACCCGGAUGCGAAAUACGUCCACUUCUUCCACGAGAAGAUCCCAUCCAGGCAGCUUGCCGAGUGUACGAGCCUGCAGCCCUUGACCGAUAUCAUCAGCGAGCGCCCCGGGGAGCCAGAGGCGUUGCGGACGCGAGCAACUGUCAAGGUGUUCAAGGAGGACUACGACGGUGCGGCACAGGACCUCACCCAUGCUCUGCAGAUAUGUCGAUACCACUUGCCUUCCCACACGAACACGCCUGGAGGGGAGGUGCAGGUUUAUGAUCAGCAACGUGCCAGAAGACGGGCACAGGAUGUCAUCCUGGCCGAGAAAGAUCAACCUCGCAGCAUCCAGGGGCAGCUUCUAUUCCAGAGAGCGUCGGUCUACCUGACCAUGGCCUGCAAUCAUGUCAUGGAGGGUCUUCCGUCAGGAAACCCUUCAGGUUCCAACGACCCAGGGCCCUCGGCGGACGGCGAUGAGGAACCAGAAAGCAAAGGUCAAAACAGCGAGGCGUCCAAGAAAGAGGCCGAGGCCCGAAAGUCGGUCAAACUCAUGGCGAAGCGAGCCCUGAGGGACUACAUGGCCUUCAUAUCUCACUUUGAAUAUUCUCCAAACCUGCCCACCCGAGUUGUCAGAGACUUUAACGAACGAGUCAACUCCGCUGCGCAUGGUGCCCGCAACCCACGAGUCUCGGAUACAAGCCCCAUCUCAGAGCACGUUGUCUAUUCAGUCUCGGACCUGUUCAGCGCUGUUCCACCUACUGGGCUGCCACCAUAUCCUCCUCAAGACCUCGCCAAGCACGAUUCCGAGGGCUCCUACCACAGCGGCGGCGCUACCACCUGCGAAUGGACCACGUACCACCCAUUGCUGGCAGAUGCCCUCCAUUCUCUUCUUCUUUGCCACUGCCUGGUGCAAACCUCAGUUAAGGAAUUGCAGCGUCACGCAUACAUGGUUGCCCGCAUAGUCAGACUCUGUGACGGCUAUCCCGUCUUCCAAGCGAGCAGGUCCCCCGCCCGCUCUGACUGGAUCGACCUGCUCCGGAGGGCCGACAACUGGCUCACCCUGAGCACCAACUGGGAGAAUCUCUGUGUCCCCGCGCCGCUACCCCUUUUCGAUACACCCACCUCCGAAAUGACCGUGUCCGUUUCCAGCCCAGAGCUCGCCGCAUCAGCCGCCGCCGCUCUCAUGAACGGCAACACGCCCGAAUCCGUCGCGGAGGAGCUUCGCAAAGAGCGCGUGCGCGAACGAGCCAUCCUCGACGCCCUCGACGACGAUCGCGUCGUCGACGAGGCCUCCUUCCGCGCCGCCAUCAUGGCGAGGGAGAAGCGCGCCGAAGAGGAGUACUCGGGCGCCGCCAAGGCCAACGGCUCGUCCUUUUACGCCGACCCAGCUGCCACCACCGCUUUUAACAAGCAGAAGCACCAGCAUCAGCAUCAACCCCAGAUCUGCCACAACUGCGCGUCGGACCCCGCCGCCACUCAGCGAUGGGCCGCCGACGAGAGCAAGGAGUACCCGCUCCUGACCGAGCGGGCUGCCGCCAUUGCGCUCUGGGUUCGCGACGCCCCGGUCGUCACGGGCACGACGAAGCGCAAGAAGCGCACCAAGAAGACGGUCGGCAACGCCGCCCAGGUGGACGGGGCGGCCUCCGCCAUGCGGAAUCUGGAUGUGGCGGACGCCAAGGACUGA